UAACACAAAUCAAUCUUUUCUUCUCUUCUCUUCUCUUCUCACUUUAAAGUAGCCAAGAUCCUCAAAACCUUGAUUUUUAUUUAGAUAUCUUCAAAACCAUUUCCUGUUUUUACUCCAUACAGGAAUGGAGUUUAGAAGUUGCAUCUUGUUUGUGAUGUUAAUGGGGUUUGUUUAUUCAUCUGAAGCUGCUAACAAAUAUGUUGGUGGAAAGGAUGGUUGGGUUGCAACUCCUUCUGAGAGUUUAAAUCAGUGGGCAGAAAAGACUAGAUUUUCAGUUAAUGAUUCACUUGUUUUCAAGUACAAGAAAGGAACAGACUCUGUUUUGGUAGUGAAUUCAGAAGGCUACUACGCAUGCAACACAAAGAAUCCAAUUCAGACUUUGGAUGGUGGAGAUUCCAGCUUUAAAUUAGAAAAAUCUGGUCCAUAUUAUUUCAUCAGUGGUAAAGAUGGUAACUGUGCUCAAGGUCAAAAACUGAUUGUUGUUGUUCUUGCUGUUAGAACUCCACCUUCAUCUCCUUCUCCACUAUCUCCACCACCAAAAUCUUCUUCACCUUCACCUUCACCAUCUCCAGUUGUUAACCCGCCUAAAUCCUCUCCUUCGCCUUCACCAGUACCAAUUGCUAACCCACCAAAGAGUUCUUCCCGUUCACCAUCACCUGCACCAAAGGCAAGUCCACCAAAGUCCUCAUCACCUUCACCAGCACCAAUUGCAACCCCCCCUAAGUCCACAUCCCCUUCACCAGCACCAAUUGCAAACCCUCCCAUGUCCUCAGCACCAUCACCAGCAAAUCCUCCCAAGUCUGCAUCCCCUUCCCCAGCACCAAUUGCAAACCCACCUAAAUCUGCAUCCCCAUCUCCAGCACCAGUUGCAAACCCUCCCAUGUCCUCAGCACCAUCACCAGCAAACCCUCCCAAAUCUGCAUCCCCUUCACCUUCACCAAUUGCCAACCCUCCCAAGUUUGCAUCGCCUUCACCUUCACCAAGUGCAACCCCACCUAAGUCUGCAUCCCCUUCACCAUCUCCAGUGCCAUACCCACCUAAGUCCUCUCCUUCACCAUCUCCAAUGCCUUACCCACCUACUCCUGCAUCGACAACACCCACAUCUUUACCACCUAUGGAUGAUGGAGCACCAGAGCCUUCGGGUUCUGAUGCAUAUACUACAGCACCAGCACCGGCUCCUUCUUCAGCCCCUUCAUCACUUUCUUCUAUUGGCCUUGUUUUUGUUAGUAUGCUACUGAGCUAUUUCUUUUAAUUGUUGCAGGAUGAAUAGUGUUUAUGUUUGGAAUUCAUGAGAACACACUUUAUAUUAUUUGUAUUAAAGAGAUUGGGUUUUGAUUCAGUUCAGGUUGUUGGAUGAUGUCAUGAUCAUUUUUUGUGUUUAUAUAGUUCCAAGUUGUUCAAUCUCAUUACAAAACUCAAUAAAGCUAGUCUUUUUCUUUCUUUUCA